GGGGGCGCUGCGCACUCGUCCGGCCCUUUGUCAGCACGCACUGCCGGGAGCUCGCGCUUCUUCCAGCCUCCUGCGGGCUCUGGACUUGACUCUGACUGCAGAGCUGGCCACGGGGACGUGGAUCUAGGGCCUUUGUCCCGAGCUGCGGGAUGAGCGGGAAGCGCCACUCAGUGGAGUAGCUGUUCUCCGGGAAAGCCGGUCCCAGAGACAAGGAACGCCACCCAGCAGUGGCUGGGGAUGGAUGCGAGGCCGCUGCAUGGAUCAAGUUCCCACCUGGCUGUGUGACGUGUGGCUGUGCCAGCCUUCCUAGUCGUGAAGACCGGGUACUGAAGACAGAUAUCGGACAGGCCUGGUUCAGCCCACCGGGUUCCAGUAGUGGACUGAAGCCCUAGCAGGACCAUGAGUGAGGACACGGUCCCCGAGGCGGCCUCGCCGCCACCCUCUCAAGGGCAGCACUACUUUGACCGGUUCUCUGAGGAUGACCCUGAAUACCUGCGCCUUCGCAACCGUGCAGCUGACCUGCGGCAGGACUUCAACCUGAUGGAGCAGAAGAAGAGGGUCACCAUGAUCCUGCAGAGCCCUUCUUUCAGGGAGGAGCUGGAAGGUCUCAUCCAGGAACAGAUGAAGAAAGGCAACAAUUCCUCCAACAUCUGGGCGCUACGGCAGAUCGCGGACUUCAUGGCCAGCACCUCCCACGCAGUCUUCCCAGCUUCUUCCAUGAACUUCUCCAUGAUGACACCCAUCAAUGACCUCCACACUGCUGACUCCCUGAACCUGGCCAAGGGGGAGAGGCUCAUGCGGUGUAAGAUCAGCAGUGUCUACCGUCUCCUGGACCUCUAUGGCUGGGCGCAGCUCAGCGACACCUAUGUCACGAUGAGAGUGAGCAAGGAGCAGGACCACUUCCUGAUCAGCCCCAAGGGAGUCUCCUGCAGUGAGGUCACAGCAUCUAGCCUGAUCAAGGUGAACAUUCUGGGAGAGGUGGUGGAGAAGGGCAGCAGUUGCUUCCCAGUGGACACCACGGGCUUCAGUCUGCACUCAGCCAUCUAUGCCGCCAGGCCCGAUGUACGGUGCGCCAUCCACCUGCACACCCCUGCCACAGCCGCGGUAUCAGCUAUGAAGUGUGGCCUCCUGCCUGUCUCCCAUAAUGCCCUGCUGGUGGGGGACAUGGCCUACUAUGACUUCAAUGGGGAAAUGGAGCAGGAAGCGGAUCGAAUCAACUUGCAGAAGUGCCUUGGACCCACCUGCAAGAUCCUGGUGCUGAGAAACCAUGGCAUGGUUGCUCUGGGUGACACCGUGGAGGAGGCUUUCUAUAAGGUCUUCCACCUGCAGGCUGCGUGUGAGGUACAGGUGUCAGCUCUGUCCAGUGCUGGAGGAACUGAGAACCUUAUCCUCCUGGAGCAAGAGAAACACCGGCCACACGAGUUGGGCUCUGUGCAGUGGGCAGGCAGUACCUUCGGGCCCAUGCAGAAGAGCCGGCUUGGAGAGCAUGAAUUUGAAGCUCUCAUGAGGAUGCUGGACAACUUGGGCUACAGAACAGGCUACACAUACCGCCACCCCUUUGUCCAAGAGAAAACCAAACACAAAAGCGAAGUGGAGAUCCCAGCCACAGUCACUGCCUUUGUGUUCGAGGAGGAUGGUGCCCCAGUCCCCGCCCUACGUCAGCAUGCGCAGAAACAGCAGAAAGAGAAGACACGCUGGCUUAACACGCCCAACACCUAUCUGCGGGUGAACGUGGCCGACGAGGUGCAGAGGAACAUGGGCAGUCCCAGGCCCAAGACCACGUGGAUGAAAGCUGACGAAGUGGAAAAGUCCAGCAGUGGCAUGCCCAUACGGAUCGAAAACCCAAACCAGUUUGUGCCUCUCUACACUGACCCCCAGGAAGUACUGGACAUGAGGAACAAGAUUCGAGAACAAAACCGACAAGACAUAAAGUCUGCAGGGCCUCAGUCCCAGCUCUUGGCCAGCGUCAUCGCCGAGAAGAGCCGGAGCCCGUCUACAGAGAGCCAGCUGGCGUCCAAGGGUGAUGCAGAUACCAAAGACGAAUCAGAGGAGACCGUGCCCAACCCCUUCAGCCAACUCACGGACCAGGAACUGGAGGACUACAAGAAGGAGGUGGAAAGGAAGAAAAGAGAGCAGGAGCAGGAAGGGGAGAAGGACACAGCCACAGAAGAGCCUAGCUCACCUGUAAAGUCCACACCUGUGUCUCCAGUGCAGAGCCCGACGAAAGCGGGGACCAAGAGCCCAGCAGUUUCUCCUUCCAAGGCUUCAGAGGAUGCCAAGAAGACAGAAGACAGUGAAGCCACCACGGAGCCUGAGCCAGAGAAACCUGAAGGGGUAGUGGUGAAUGGGAAGGAGGAGGAGCCAAACGCAGAAGAGGCCCUCAGCAAAGGACUGGGCCAGAUGACCACCAAUGCUGACACUGAUGCUGACAGUUACAAGGACAAAACCGAGUCAGUUACCAGUGGCCCGUUGUCCCCAGAGGGCUCGCCAUCCAAGUCACCCUCCAAAAAGAAAAAGAAAUUCCGAACCCCCUCCUUCCUGAAAAAGAGCAAGAAGAAGGAGAAGGUGGAAUCCUGAUCGGUGGCUCCCGCUGCAUCCCUGCCCUCCUGCCCUGCCCUUGUCCCUACUCUGUCCCUGGAGCACAGGGCCAAUGAGGGAUAGAGAAGGACCUGGGAUCAUACUCAGAGGGGGGCUUUGAGCUGGCCUUCCCAGGGCAACCGGGUAUCUUGCCCACAGCCACAGUUAGUUGGGGGCAGGGCCUGCCCUAGAUUUGAGCUUCCUGACUCCCACGGUCAUGCUCUGUCCUCUGUUCAACACUGCCUAGUCCUGGGCUGCCUUUGUUAGGACACCACCUGCCAGCCUGAGCCCAGGGCAGGAAGGCCAAGUGCUAGGCAUGGUCACCAAUGCUCACAGGCCAAGACUUCCUCUGAGUAAGGUCCAUCUUUCCCAGGAAUCCUGCCUCUUGCUAAUGGAGCUGUCUCCACAGCAAGAAGCCAUGCUUCUCUCUUCCAUUUUGGGUCCCUUCUCCUGUUCAAAGUAACCAGGCAAACUGACCUGCCCCCCCCAAUAGAAGUUAAUCUUUGAUCCCCAGGCUGAUGGCUUAGCUUGUGCUUUUCCAAACGCUAAUCCCGAGCUUUCAACAUGGAACCCAUUGAGUGAUGGAUAGAAGAACCCUAAGAACCGACAGAUAGAGGGCAAGCCAAGUCAGCUUAAUGAAUGGACAGGGGCCGUAAAUCUAAUAGCCUAGGAUCCUGGCCUGUCUGUAUUGUGUAUCACACAGGCUGCAAAAUUAAACCCACCUGUAUCAAAAGAAAAAGUCUCAUGCUCAGGGUAGACGUUUGAGGACAUCUAAAUCUUGUGCUGGAGUUGAGUUAUGCGAGGAGGGUCAAAUGCCACUUUGGCUUUGCGUGAUAUGCAGGACUGCACCGGCCUCACUCUCGCCUGGCAGUCAGGUGUCCUUUGACCUUCCCACAUACCCAGGAGCCCAUAGGGCAGAGCAUCUUACCCUUGGCACCUUGACCUUGGUUCUUUGGGUCCCAACUCUGAGUCACAGAAGGCCCAGCAGAGGACAGUCAGAAAUGAGUCUUUCUGGGUUAAUUCUCUCUCAUCAACUUUCGGAGACAUGUCUGACACUCCCAACCCAUCACUCUCUUGCAUCCCAGACUUGGUGAUGGGCACAGCUGUUAUGUUAGGUGCCCACACUCUUUCCAUAUCCUCCCAAGGAAUAGUGUUGGCUAAUGAGCACUUCUGGCUCCCAGACAAUCCCUCUUCCCUAAAGCACAGUGUCUUCAAAGAGUAUUUCUCUUCUUUGUCCAGAUUACUGUAAAGGUAUUUUUGAAAUUUCUUGACUCACCAUCAUUUUUCACUUUGCACACUUGCUGUCUACAGAUACCAUACAGGCUUUACCCUCCGCCCUCUCAAUACCCCAUGCCUCCCUUUUCUGUGGUAAGGAAACUGAACCCCAUCAGGGAUAAUUAACUUGCUAAGCAAGACCCAAAGGCUGGUUUUGAACCCAGGUCAGUCUGAGCCAAGUACUGACUCUUCCCAGCUGUGGUAAAUGGACAGUGGCUUUGGCCAUUAGCCAUUUCUGCAACUGGUCUUGGCUGUGUGGUGUUAGCACUUAGGAUGAAGUUAGAGAGGCCACCUGUCGUCACCCUAAGUGAUGCAGUCAGCUCCUGGUGAGCAUGGGUGGUGGUGAGAUCUAUGCCUCUGAUAAUGCAGAGCUGAACCCUCUGGCUGCAGCAGGAGAGCCCCCCACAUUUGUCUGUCUGUCUCUUACAGAUCUGAGAACCUAGUGCCGAUCUGUGGCUGCUGCCCAGGCCCUGUUUUUGCUCUGCUUCCUAGUUGGGUCAAGUCAAACGACAGACAGCCCAAUGGCCCUGUGUGUGAGUGCUCAGAAACGUCUAUCUUCCUAUGGGAGAUGCUUUCUUAGAAAUAAGAUUUCACACUUACUCAUUUUCUCUUAAUAGUCAUUAACCAUCCACUUGUGUCAGACACUUAAAAGUUGAGAGGCGUCAACCCAGAAUAGGUGGCGUUUGUGUGAACCAGUGCUCAGGAUGGAGUCCAUUGCCCAGCGUGCUCCUUUUGUUACCUUUAUGACAGUGAGGCUUGCUUAGGGUAAAGUGUCAGAACUUUGCUGGGAUGUCAUCUUUGGGGUCAAGGCCCUGAAUUUAGCUCAUACUCACCCAUCUGUUUAUUCCUUGUAUGUUCAGAAACACUCAUCUGUGAACAUGUGAGACACGUAGACAAGUUACAGAGCAGGCAGGAUACACAGGUGAGCCAGGCAGCCAUGACUGACUGUCCGGUCUUUCUGGAAAACUGAUGGCUGAAUUAGGUUUUACAAACAGACAGGAACUUUCUAAGUGGAAGGGGGGAGUCAGCAGAGGUGGACAGAUGUGAGAGCAUGGGACCCCACACACCGUCCUUCCGGGUCACGUGGUAUUGUCAGAGCAUUAUGUGAGAGGUGACAGAGGUUUACAUCCCAGGUGGGCAAGGCUGGGUCAUAAGAAGACUUGUAGACAGUGUAGGAGAUCUGGAUUUUACCAUGUCCCAGACACUGAGGACUGUUAAUUAGGGUAGAAUCAUGAACAGAAGUGUGUUGUAGGGUCACUUUGGUGGCCAAGUGGAGAGAGUGUGGGUGAGGCUGCUGGUGAGUUCUGGGCUGUGUUAUCCCCCACUGCACCGGAAAGUCUCCAGCUUAGAAUUCCUCUUGUGGGAUUCUUGUGAUAGAAACACCUGAACAAGUUUUCAGGAGCUAAUACUGCUGGGUUCGCAGCCUCGGGCCCUGUUUUGCUUUGGGAUGAGAUGGUGGGAGAAGUGUAAAGACAUUUUGUCUAUUUCCUUCUUCCCUUGUACAUAAAGAAUGUGGUGUGCACAGCUCUGAGGGCUGCAGAGACGGCGGGGCAGCCCAGACACAGCAUUUUCUCUGGCUCUGUGUAAGAGUCAGCUCAUGGUUCAACUGAUGAGGAGGGGUGUUUGCAGGCUCAGAGUUUCUCACGGAGCCACUGCAGUCGUUACCAAGGAGAGCAUUGGUGCUCCUGUGCGACCAGCCGGUUGGAAAAGUGAAGCCGCUUCUUGACCUGUUCCCACACACAGGUGCACAGGAGAGAGAGGGAGGCAAUCCUGGCUCCUUGGAUGUCACACACUGGAAGUGGUUGUGAUCCGAGAGGGCUUCCCAUUUUGUGUGACCAUCUCCCAACCCAGCCGGGGGGCGGGGGACCUGCCCAGAGAUGCUCUGCACUCCAGCCAAGGUCGGGUCCCUCUUAAGCCAUGGGAAGAGUCAGGUGCCACUUUGUAAUGGGUGUGAAGUCCUUGCUUUGUGGACAGAGGAUGUGAGGGACAUGGACGAGGACAAGUCUCUCACAAACCCAUUGUAAGGCACUGCUCUGAGCCACCCAAUCAUGGAGACCACGCCUGACCCUAACCCCUAUAGGUUAACAAUGAGGCAAGAUGGCAGGCAUCUGGUCUUGUGGUAACAGGGCCACUGCUCCUGUGGCUGUGCGCAGAAAUGCUGUAAUGGGUCGGAAAGAACCAUUCGCCCCUGAGUGUAAAAGAUUAGACCUACGUUUGUGAAUUUUAUGUCUUAGUUCUAGGCCAAAUGUAAUGAGUUCUUGACAGCUGAAAGGACUAUUGAAACAUUCACCCCUUGCUCAUUUUACACAUGUGGUCCCACAAAUACCCUGGGCUUUUGGCACAGUUACCAUCCACUGUGGCCAGAGAGGCCCUGAGGCCUCUUACAUUUCUUGUCUCUAAGCCCAAUUGAACUUUCUAUGACCCCAUAUAAUUCAGAAAAUCUGAGAACUGAGUGGAAUGCCAGAUAUCUGCUCUCUACUCCCAGGAACAGGCCAGGGCACAGCUCAAUAGGACAUGUAAUAGGACAUCAUGCCUGCUCCACGUGUGGCUUGAAACAGGUGGUUUACUAUGAGAAGGAAGGUCCAGAGGCGACUGACGUUCUUGAAACAUGUCCAUUGGCUUCCUGUGCACACAUCCUCUUCCUCCAAUGUGAAGGGGCACCCCCAGUGCUGUGACUGCUUGCCAGAGCCCCAUCUAACCUAGAUGUGGUACUCUUCCUGUCAAAAGUGACAGGCCACAUAGAGAGCUCUGUUCCCAAGGCUCCUGACUGCCUUCUGCCUCUCACUUGGGAAGCCUCUGGGGAAUCUCACACAGUGGGAUGUCCUUCAGAGUACAAGGCACCUUUCAGCAACUUUGCAUGGCAGUGCCCUGGUUUGCUUCUUUUCAUAGGGACAAUUAGAAAGACUCAGUAUUUGGGUGUCCCUAGAAAGUAUGGAAGUCAUGUCCUGCCUCAUUCGCGUAUGACUAUUGGGUUUUUGCCAAAUUGACUUUUGUGCCAGCUGUCUUCAAGAUUAUCCCAUAAAUCGAUCCUCACUUUGAGAGCUUAGGCCAGACCGAGGAGGCUCGUGGUGCUGGGAGGGUCUCAGGAGUCAGGUCCUCGGUUGCUUCCUCACGCUCUCUGUCCCAAGCACCUGAGUGAGACUGCCCUGAGGAUACUACCCUUGUCUCUUGGAUAGAGAUGACAUCACCAGAAAUCAAGGAAUAUUGAGAAGGACCUAAUUUUUUUCUCCAGUAAACCAGCCUGUGGCCCCUCUAACAUAAAUCGGAAUGGCAACUGGACCUAAGCCAGGGGGUCUCACUUGGGAAACAUCACAGACCCUUAUACGAUGGCAGUAAGUUUGGGGAAGCUUCAGACCCUCAUUUCAAUGCCACCCUGUGCCUGUGGGUCUUACUGUGUUGGUGAUGCAUACCACAAGAUUGCCCUGUCUAUGAAUUCCUUAGACUGCUAAGGGUGAUGAGUCCCAGGGUCCUCCCUCUCUGAGAAGAGAUUAGGCAGAGUGGGUGAAGCAGGCACCUAUCAGGACCCAUGGGGUGCAGGGUUCCAGGAACUCAGGCUGGCCAGGGAGUGUGGUGUCUCGUAAGGAAUGCUGUGGGCGGUGUUGGUGAAAUGUCUGUCGGACAAUCGUCACAUGAGAGUAUGACUUACUGUCUUCCCUUGUACAUAGGCUGUCUGUGUUGGGCUUUUCCUAGUACUGUGAGGUUUCAAAGAGGGAUUCCGUGUAAUACUCUGUGCUGUGACAUGCUGCCCUCCCCCAAGAACACACAUCAAUCCCCACAAACGGUUCUGCCUUUCUAUAUGCUAACACUUUGAGCCACUGAAGUGCAGUUGGAUGGUUAGGCUCUUGGGUUUUAUUUUGCAAUUUUAUAUAUAUACAUAUAUAAUAUAUAUAUUUAUGGGUUGGUUUUAUAUGGUUUUCUGUUUGAAUCUAUGAGCAACAAAGCUUCCCUUUGAUUUCCGCGAGAACUUUCCAAAGGCCCUUUUCUGCUUUGGCGUCUGACUGUGUUUGGGGUGGACUCUGCCCGUGGAUUUCUCUGUGUGUGCUGUUAUUUCACCUGCAGAUCUCACCCUAGUAAACCAGAUGUGCUUGGCUUCCCA